GGCGCCGCCAUUGGGCCGCGGCGCGAGACCACGUGACCCCGCGAGGCCGCCUCGUCGCGCCGCUCAGUAGCCGAGCGACCGUCGCCGCGGCAUGACGGUCACGAAGAAGGGAGCGACGGCCGGCAAGGCCAAGACGACGGCGCCUGCGCCGGGCGCGUCCAAGGGCGCCGCCUUCAGGACGACGGUGUCCUCCGACAAGUCCAGCCUCACCAGGGGCCUCCAGCAGUCCUCCUCCAGCAGGUCCAAGCAGUCCUCGACCCAGAGGGCCGGGCCCUCCUCCGGCGCCGAGUCCAGCGGCUCCCAGGCGGGCGGCGCGGUGCUGGACGCCACCUUCGUGCUGGACGCGCCGGUGGUCGAGGUGGUGAGGACCGUGUCCUCCGCGGCGGCCGACGGCGUCGUGCGGUCGCGGUCCUCCACGGCCGUGCUGGUGCAGGCCUUCAUCGAGGAGGAGGUGAUCUCGCGCGCCGCCGAGGAGCUGGUGCGGGGGUCGGGCGAGAGCUUCAGCUCGUCGUCGCGCCAGGAGACCCGCGGGUCCUCCGGGCCUGUCCCGGCGACCAGGGUCCUGCGCCGCGGUGACACCCAGGGGUCGACUGUGACGGACGACGCGCACAGCUCGACCGUAGUCCCCGCCGGCGGCCUCGUCAGCGAGAGCUACAGCGUCGUGGAGAGCUCCUCCCGCGAGCAGGUGGUCAGCGAGACGGUGGAGCACCACACCACGACCACCACCAGCUCCAGCUACCAGCAGGAGCUGUCUGGUUCCGGCAGCUUCCAGCAGGAGCUGUCUGGCUCCUCAGGUGUCCAGCAACAGCUGGCCGGCUCCUCGAGUGUCCAGCAACAGCCGGCCGGCUCUUCAAGUGUCCAGCAACACCAGACCAGCUCUUCAAGUGUCCAGCAACACCAGACCAGCUCUUCAAGUGUCCAGCAACACCAGACCAGCUCCUCAAGUGUCCAGCAACAGGAGACCAGCUCCUCAAGUGUUCAGCAACAGCUGGCCAACUCCUCGAGUGUCCAGCAACAGAUGGACAGCUCCUUGGGUGUCCAGCAGCACCAGACCAGCUCUUCAAGUGUCCAGCAACACCAGACCAGCUCCUCAAGUGUCCAGCAACACCAGACCAGCUCCUCAAGUGUCCAGCAACACCAGAUCAGCUCAUCAAGUGUCCAGCAACAGGGGACCAGCUCAGCAAGUGUCCAGCAACAGCUGGCCAGCUCCUCGGGUGUCCAGCAACACCAGACCAGCUCCUCGGGUGUCCAGCAACAGCUGGCCAGCUCCUCCAGUGUCCAGCAACAGGAGACCGGCUCCUCCAGCAACGUCCUGGACCAGACCUUCGUGGUGGAGUCGUCGACGGCGCAGAGCGACAGCCGCACCUCAACGAAGGCGUCGACUACGUCGACGACGACCAAGAAGACGACGUCGAAGGCCGGCCGGGACAAGGACCGCCUGGGGCAGCUGACGACCCAGUGCAAGGAGAUGUGCAUCUGCGAGAUCUGCACGUGCGGGCGCCACCACUGCCCGCACCGCUAUGAGUCGACGGAGCCGCCGCUGGACCUGCAGCGCGACGCGACGCUCGCCGGCGUCACCUCGCUGUCGCACGCCGAGUUCCACGGCUACUCGCGCGACGAGGUGGACAGGCCACGGCUGCAGCGGCUGCACACGGCGCUGGAGCUGCCCCAGGGCCAGCUCGAGACCACCUCCGCCUACCGCGCCGACUACGACGAGAAGCACUCGGAGCACUCGGAGCACCGGGCCAGGUACCAUUAUGAGGACCACCUUCACAUGGAGGGAGAGUUCUACGGAUCUCCACACAGUCGGGACGACUACAGGCCAGUGAAAGGGGAACGUGCUCCAAUCAUCCAUCAUGGAGACCAUCUGAAGACUGAAGGGGAAUUCACGGGGCAGAGUCACCUGAAGGAGCAGUUCCAGCCAGUUCAUGGCGAGAGGGCAGAUGUUAAACGCCACAGUGAUAACCUGCGUGUGGAGGGAGACUUCCAAGGGCAGAGUGUGAUCCACGAAGACUUUCGAGUCACUCGUGGAGAGCGAGCAGAUAUCGUCAGGCAUGAAGACAAUUUAAAGUUAGAAGGAGAAUUCUUGGUGACUAAAAGGGAAGAGAUGGCUACAAGGGGCGAGCGAAUGGAAAUCAGAAAGCAUGCAGAUAACUUACGGCUUGAAGGAGAGUUAGAUGCUCAACGUCGGAUUGAAUUUAAUGCGGUUAGGGGUGAAAGGUCUGAAAUAAUCAAACAUGAAGAUCACUUAAAACUAGAUGGUGAAUAUGUUGUUCAAAAAAGUGACGAAUACUCGGCAACUAGAGGGGAAAGAGUGGAGAUGAGCAAACACCAAGAUAAUCUAAAACUGGAAGGCGAAUUUAAUGUUCAAAGACGAAAUGAAUAUCAGAUUGUGAGGGGAGAAAGAGCACUAAUGAAAAGGCCAGAAGAUAAUCUCAGACCUGAAGGCGAAUUCGACAGGCCUCAAGAAUCGCCCUACAAACCAGGUGAAAGAGCUCCAGCAGUAAAACACCCAGAUAACUUGAAGCCCGAAGGAGAUUUUACCAAGCGUGAACGUAAUGACUACAAACCAGGAGAGAGAGCCUCACCUGUGAAACAUCAUGAUAAUCUCAAGCCUGAAGGAGAGUUCGACCGACCUGAAGAAUCUCCUUACAGACCUGGCGAGAGGGCUCCAGUAGUGAAACACCCAGAUAAUUUAAAGCCCGAGGGAGACUUUGCCAAGCGAGAACAUACUGAUUACAGACCAGGAGAAAGAAGUCCAUUAGUGAAACACCCCGACAAUCUCAAGCCUGAAGGAGAGUUUUCAAAACCUGAAGAAUCUCCCUACAGACCUGGUGAGAGGGCUCCAGUGGUGAAACACCCAGAUAAUUUAAAGCCUGAGGGAGACUUUGCCAAGCGAGAACAUACUGAUUACAGACCAGGAGAAAGAAGUUCAUUAGUGAAACACCCCGACAAUCUCAAGCCUGAAGGAGAGUUUGCAAAACCUGAAGAAUCUCCCUACAGACCUGGCGAGAGGGCUCCAGUGGUGAAACACCCAGAUAAUUUAAAGCCCGAGGGAGACUUUGCCAAGCGAGAACAUACUGAUUACAGACCAGGAGAAAGAAGUCCAUUAGUAAAACACCCCGACAAUCUCAAGCCUGAAGGAGAGUUUGCAAAACCUGAAGAAUCUCCCUGCAGACCUGGAGAAAGGGCCUCCAUUGUAAAACAUCCAGAUAAUUUGAGGCCCGAGGGAGAUUUCACUAAGCGUGAACAUCAUGAUUAUAAACCAGGUGUAAGAACUUUACCUGUCAAACAUCCUGAUAAUCUAAAGCCAGAAGGUGAUUUUGACAGGCCAAAGCCUAAAGAAUUUGUACCUGGUGAACGGCCAGUUGCAAAAAAACCAAAAGAUAACUUGUCACCAGAGGGAGACUUUAUAAGAAGAGAAAAAGAUUCCCCUGUUACCAGAGGUGAAAGAGCUCCGAUAAAGAAACCAGUUGAUAACUUACGACCAGAAGGUGAAUUUGUAGGGAGAGAGAAGGAGUCACCCGUGACCAAAGGAGAAAGAGCUGUAAUAAAAAGACCAGUUGACAAUCUAAAGCCAGAGGGAGAUUUUAUCGGUAGAGAAAAAGAAUUGCCAGUGACAAAAGGAGAAAGAGCACCAACAAAAAGACCUGUAGAUAAUUUAAAACCAGAAGGCGAAUUUGUAAGAGAAGAGGAGAAAUUACCUAUUACUAAAGGUGACAGAGCACCUAUCAGGAGACCAGAAGAUAAUUUACGACCAGAAGGCGAAUUUGUAGGUGAGAGGAAAAAUGUUUAUGAAGUUGUAAGAGGCGAAAGGGCAGAAGUCAAGCGUCAUGAAGACAAUUUGAAAAUCGAAGGAGAUUUCAUGGGACAGAGCCAUGUUCAUGAAGAGUACUGCAUUGUACGCGGUGAAAGAGCUGAAAUAAAAAGGCAUGAAGACCAUUUAAAAACUGAAGGAUUAUUUACUGGGGAAACGACUACUCAUGCCGAAUUUACUGGAGAAAAAUCAGUUCGUCCUCCUCUCAUUCGUCGAAACACCUGGACCAAACUUGAGGGAGAUUUCAUCACUGAGACAACAAACCAGAGUGAAUUUAAAGACUUUCAAGUUACAGAGAAGACGACGAUAGUACAAAAACGCAAGGACAACCUAUCUAUAGGUGAAGGAAAAUUUGAAGGAACUUCACACACCAAAGACAAUUUCAAAAAGGUUAUGCCUGAAAGAGCUCCUGUUAGAAGGUACCCAGAUAAUCUUGUUCCAGAGGAGUGUGAGUUUGAAGACACAACAAGUUCGAAAGAUUCAUACAGGAUUCAUGAGCUAAUGUCAAAAACUGAAAUAAUACGUCAUGAAGACAAUUUAACAACCGAAGGUGAUAUGAUUUUUGAAUCAUCAUCAAAAAAUGAUUUUACACAGAAAACAAGCCCAAGAGAAAAGCCUGUAAGACGACGGACGUGGACAAAACAGGAUGGUGAUAUGUUUCUUGAAACCACAAAUGCACUAGACUAUAAGAAACAUACAGUUAUGAAUAAGGUUUCAAUCAUUCACCACGAGGACAAUUUAAAAACCGAAGAAGGUUUUAUUGAUUCUAUGACAACUUCGCAUGAUAAUUACAAAUAUCUAAAAAACACAGAUGCCCGUCAGAAUCAGAAAAGAUAUGUAGAUAAUUUAAAGAUCGAAGGACCUUUUGAAGGAAAACCAUCAACAAAAGAGGAUUAUAAGGCUUACAAAGGUGACAGGGCUGAUGUCAAAAAACCACAGGAUAACUUAAGACCAGAAGGAGAAUUCUAUAGACCAAAACCAGAGGAAUAUAGUCCUGGAGACAGAGCACCUGUAAAAAGGCCAAAAGACAAUCUACGGCCUGAAGGAGAAUUUGAUCGACCAACACACGAACCCUACAGACCUGGAGACAGAGCAAACGUCGUCAAACAUCCAGACCAUCUGAAAAUGGAGGGUGAUUUUGAUAGACCCGAGAAAUCGAAAUUUAGGCCAGGGGAAAGAGUACCAGUCAAAAAACCACAGGAUAACUUAAGACCAGAAGGCGAAUUUGAUAGACCAAAACCAGAGGAAUAUCAUCCUGGAGAUAGGGCACCAGUAAAAAAACCUAAGGAUAACCUUCGACCUGAAGGAGAAUUUGAUCGACCUACACACGAGCCAUACAGACCUGGAGACAGAGCAGAUGUCGUCAAACAUCCAGACCAUCUGAAGAUGGAGGGUGAUUUUGAUAGACCCGAGAAAUCGAAAUUUAUGCCAGGGGAAAGAGCACCAGUCAAAAAACCACAGGAUAAUUUAAGACCAGAAGGCGAAUUCGAUCGACCAAAACCAGAGGAAUAUAGUCCUGGAGACAGAGCAACUGUAAAAAGACCAAAAGACAAUCUACGGCCUGAAGGAGAAUUUGAUCGACCAACAAACGAGCCAUACAGACCUGGAGAAAGAGCAGAUGUCGUCAAACAUCCAGACCAUCUGAAAAUGGAGGGUGAUUUUGAUAGACCCGAGGAAUCGAAAUUUAGGCCAGGGGAAAGAGCACCAGUCAAAAAACCACAGGAUAACUUAAGACCAGAAGGCGAAUUUGAUAGACCAAAACCAGAGGAAUAUCAUCCUGGAGAUAGGGCACCUGUAAAAAAACCUAAGGAUAACCUUCGACCUGAAGGAGAAUUUGAUCGACCAACACACGAGCCAUACAGACCUGGAGACAGAGCAGAUGUCGUCAAACAUCCAAACCAUCUGAAGAUGGAGGGUGAUUUUGAUAGACCCGAGAAAUCGAAAUUUAGGCCAGGGGAAAGAGCACCAGUCAAAAAACCACAGGAUAACUUAAGACCAGAAGGCGAAUUUGAUAGACCAAAACCAGAGGAAUAUCAUCCUGGAGAUAGGGCACCUGUAAAAAAACCUAAGGAUAACCUACGACCUGAAGGACAAUUUGAUCGACCAACACACGAGCCAUACAGACCUGGAGACAGAGCAGAUGUCGUCAAACAUCCAGACCAUCUGAAGAUGGAGGGUGAUUUUGAUAGACCCGAGAAAUCGAAAUUUAGGCCAGGGGAAAGAGCACCAGUCAAAAAACCACAGGAUAACUUAAGACCAGAAGGCGAAUUUGAUAGACCAAAACCAGAGGAAUAUAGUCCUGGAGACAGAGCACCCGUAAAAAGACCAAAAGACAAUCUACGGCCUGAAGGAGAAUUUGAUCGACCAACAAACGAGCCAUACAGACCUGGAGAAAGAGCAGAUGUCGUCAAACAUCCAGACCAUCUGAAAAUGGAGGGUGAUUUUGAUAGACCCGAGAAAUCGAAAUUUAGGCCAGGGGAAAGAGUACCAGUCAAAAAACCACAGAAUAACUUAAGACCAGAAGGCGAAUUUGAUAGACCAAAACCAGAGGAAUAUCAUCCUGGAGAUAGGGCACCAGUAAAAAAACCUAAGGAUAACCUUCGACCUGAAGGAGAAUUUGAUCGACCUACACACGAGCCAUACAGACCUGGAGAAAGGGCAGAUGUCGUCAAACAUCCAGACCAUCUGAAAAUGGAGGGUGAUUUUGAUAGACCCGAGAAAUCGAAAUUUAGGCCAGGGGAAAGAGCACCAGUCAAAAAACCACAGGAUAACUUAAGACCAGAAGGCGAAUUUGAUAGACCAAAACCAGAGGAAUAUCAUCCUGGAGAUAGGGCACCUGUAAAAAAACCUAAGGAUAACCUUCGACCUGAAGGAGAAUUUGAUCGACCAACACACGAGCCAUACAGACCUGGAGACAGAGCAGAUGUCGUCAAACAUCCAGACCAUCUGAAGAUGGAGGGUGAUUUUGAUAGACCCGAGAAAUCGAAAUUUAGGCCAGGGGAAAGAGCACCAGUCAAAAAACCACAGGAUAACUUAAGACCAGAAGGUGAAUUUGAUAGACCAAAACCAGAGGAAUAUCAUCCUGGAGAUAGGGCACCUGUAAAAAAACCUAAGGAUAACCUUCGACCUGAAGGAGAAUUUGAUCGACCAACACACGAGCCCUAUAGACCUGGAGACAGAGCAGAUGUCAUCAAACAUCCAGACCAUCUGAAGAUGGAGGGUGAUUUUGAUAGACCCGAGAAAUCGAAAUUUAUGCCAGGGGAAAGAGCACCAGUCAAAAAACCACAGGAUAACUUAAGACCAGAAGGUGAAUUUGAUAGACCAAAACCAGAGGAAUAUCAUCCUGGAGAUAGGGCACCUGUAAAAAAACCAAAAGACAAUCUACGGCCUGAAGGAGAAUUUGAUCGACCAACACACGAGCCCUACAGACCUGGAGACAGAGCAGAUGUCGUCAAACAUCCAGACCAUCUGAAGAUGGAGGGUGAUUUUGAUAGACCCGAGAAAUCGAAAUUUAGGCCAGGGGAAAGAGCACCAGUCAAAAAACCACAGGAUAACUUAAGACCAGAAGGCGAAUUUGUUAGACCAAAACCAGAGGAAUAUAGUCCUGGAGACAGAGCACCCGUAAAAAGACCAAAAGACAAUCUACGGCCUGAAGGAGAAUUUGAUCGACCAACACACGAGCCAUACAGACCUGGAGACAGAGCAGAUGUCGUCAAACAUCCAGACCAUCUGAAGAUGGAGGGUGAUUUUGAUAGACCCGAGAAAUCGAAAUUUAGGCCAGGGGAAAGAGCACCAGUCAAAAAACCACAGGAUAACUUAAGACCAGAAGGCGAAUUUGAAAGACCAAAACCAGAGGAAUAUCUUCCUGGAGAUAGAGCACCUGUAAAAAAACCUAAGGAUAACCUUCGACCUGAAGGAGAGUUUGAUCGACCAACACACGAGCCAUACAGACCUGGAGACAGAGCAGAUGUCGUCAAACAUCCAGACCAUCUGAAGAUGGAGGGUGAUUUUGAUAGACCCGAGAAAUCGAAAUUUAGGCCAGGGGAAAGAGCACCAGUCAAAAAACCACAGGAUAACUUAAGACCAGAAGGUGAAUUUGAUAGACCAAAACCAGAGGAAUAUAGUCCAGGAGACAGAGCACCUGUAAAAAAACCAAAAGACAAUCUACGGCCUGAAGGAGAAUUUGAUCGACCAACUCAUGAGCCCUACAGACCUGGAGACAGAGCAGAUGUCAUCAAACAUCCAGACCAUCUGAAGAUGGAGGGUGAUUUUGAUAGACCCGAGAAAUCGAAAUUUAGGCCAGGGGAAAGAGCACCAGUCAAAAAACCACAGGAUAACUUAAGACCAGAAGGUGAAUUUGAUAGACCAAAACCAGAGGAAUAUCAUCCUGGAGAUAGGGCACCUGUAAAAAAACCUAAGGAUAACCUUCGACCUGAAGGAGAAUUUGAUCGACCAACACACGAGCCAUACAGACCUGGAGACAGAGCAGAUGUCGUCAAACAUCCAGACCAUCUGAAGAUGGAGGGUGAUUUUGAUAGACCCGAGAAAUCGAAAUUUAGGCCAGGGGAAAGAGCACCAGUCAAAAAACCACAGGAUAACUUAAGACCAGAAGGCGAAUUUGAAAGACCAAAACCAGAGCAAUAUCUUCCUGGAGAUAGGGCACCUGUAAAAAAACCUAAGGAUAACCUUCGACCUGAAGGAGAGUUUGAUCGACCAACACACGAACCAUACAGACCUGGAGACAGAGCAGAUGUCGUCAAACAUCCAGACCAUCUGAAGAUGGAGGGUGAUUUUGAUAGACCCGAGAAAUCGAAAUUUAGGCCAGGGGAAAGAGCACCAGUCAAAAAACCACAGGAUAACUUAAGACCAGAAGGUGAAUUUGAUAGACCAAAACCAGAGGAAUAUAGUCCAGGAGACAGAGCACCUGUAAAAAAACCAAAAGACAAUCUACGGCCUGAAGGAGAAUUUGAUCGACCAACUCAUGAGCCCUACAGACCUGGAGACAGAGCAGAUGUAAUCAAACAUCCAGACCAUCUGAAUAUGGAGGGUGAUUUUGAUAGACCCGAGAAAUCGAUAUUUAGGCCAGGGGAAAGAGCACCAAUCAAAAAACCACAGGAUAACUUAAGACCAGAAGGUGAAUUUGAUAGACCAAAACCAGAGGAAUAUCAUCCUGGAGAUAGGGCACCUGUAAAAAAACCUAAGGAUAACCUUCGACCUGAAGGAGAAUUUGAUCGACCAACACACGAGCCCUAUAGACCUGGAGACAGAGCAGAUGUCAUCAAACAUCCAGACCAUCUGAAGAUGGAGGGUGAUUUUGAUAGACCCGAGAAAUCGAAAUUUAUGCCAGGGGAAAGAGCACCAGUCAAAAAACCACAGGAUAACUUAAGACCAGAAGGUGAAUUUGAUAGACCAAAACCAGAGGAAUAUCAUCCUGGAGAUAGGGCACCUGUAAAAAAACCAAAAGACAAUCUACGGCCUGAAGGAGAAUUUGAUCGACCAACACACGAGCCCUACAGACCUGGAGACAGAGCAGAUGUCGUCAAACAUCCAGACCAUCUGAAGAUGGAGGGUGAUUUUGAUAGACCCGAGAAAUCGAAAUUUAGGCCAGGGGAAAGAGCACCAGUCAAAAAACCACAGGAUAACUUAAGACCAGAAGGCGAAUUUGUUAGACCAAAACCAGAGGAAUAUAGUCCUGGAGACAGAGCACCCGUAAAAAGACCAAAAGACAAUCUACGGCCUGAAGGAGAAUUUGAUCGACCAACACACGAGCCAUACAGACCUGGAGACAGAGCAGAUGUCGUCAAACAUCCAGACCAUCUGAAGAUGGAGGGUGAUUUUGAUAGACCCGAGAAAUCGAAAUUUAGGCCAGGGGAAAGAGCACCAGUCAAAAAACCACAGGAUAACUUAAGACCAGAAGGCGAAUUUGAAAGACCAAAACCAGAGGAAUAUCUUCCUGGAGAUAGAGCACCUGUAAAAAAACCUAAGGAUAACCUUCGACCUGAAGGAGAGUUUGAUCGACCAACACACGAGCCAUACAGACCUGGAGACAGAGCAAAUGUCGUCAAACAUCCAGACCAUCUGAAGAUGGAGGGUGAUUUUGAUAGACCCGAGAAAUCGAAAUUUAGGCCAGGGGAAAGAGCACCAGUCAAAAAACCACAGGAUAACUUAAGACCAGAAGGUGAAUUUGAUAGACCAAAACCAGAGGAAUAUAGUCCAGGAGACAGAGCACCUGUAAAAAAACCAAAAGACAAUCUACGGCCUGAAGGAGAAUUUGAUCGACCAACUCAUGAGCCCUACAGACCUGGAGACAGAGCAGAUGUCAUCAAACAUCCAGACCAUCUGAAGAUGGAGGGUGAUUUUGAUAGACCCGAGAAAUCGAAAUUUAGGCCAGGGGAAAGAGCACCAGUCAAAAAACCACAGGAUAACUUAAGACCAGAAGGUGAAUUUGAUAGACCAAAACCAGAGGAAUAUCAUCCUGGAGAUAGGGCACCUGUAAAAAAACCUAAGGAUAACCUUCGACCUGAAGGAGAAUUUGAUCGACCAACACACGAGCCCUACAGACCUGGAGACAGAGCAGAUGUCGUCAAACAUUCAGAACAUCUGAAGAUGGAGGGUGAUUUUGAUAGACCCGAGAAAUCGAAAUUUAGGCCAGGGGAAAGAGCACCAGUCAAAAAACCACAGGAUAACUUAAGACCAGAAGGCGAAUUUGAUAGACCAAAACCAGAGGAAUAUAGUCCUGGAGACAGAGCACCCGUAAAAAGACCAAAAGACAAUCUACGGCCUGAAGGAGAAUUUGAUCGACCAACACACGAGCCAUACAGACCUGGAGACAGAGCAGAUGUCUUAAAACAUCCAGACAAUCUGAAGAUGGAGGGUGAUUUUGAUAGACCCGAGAAAUCGAAAUUUAGGCCAGGGGAACGAGCACCAGUCAAAAAACCACAGGAUAACUUAAGACCAGAAGGCGAAUUUGAUAGACCAAAACCAGAGGAAUAUAGUCCUGGAGACAGAGCACCUGUAAGAAAACCAAAAGACAAUCUACGGCCUGAAGGAGAAUUUGAUCGACCAACACACGUGCCCUACAGACCUGGAGACCGAGCAGAUGUUGUUAAGCAUCCAGACCACCUGAAGCUGGAAGGUGACUUUGACAGACCUGAGAAAACUAAAUUUAGGCCAGGGGAAAGAGUAACAGUAAAAAAACCAGAGGAUAACCUAAGACCAGAAGGCGAAUUUGAAAGACCAAAACCAGAGGAAUAUGGUCCUGGAGACAGGGUUACUGUGAAAAAGCCUAUAGAUAACUUAAGGCCUGAAGGAUCAUUUGAGGGAUCACCUCGAUCAAGGGAUGAUUAUCAGCCAAAAAGAGGCGACCGAAUCGAUGUGAAGAAACCUAAAGAUAACUUGAAACCAGAGGGUGAUUUUGUUGAUUUAUGUCAGAGAGAUGACUUCAAAGCUACUGUUGUUGAUCGGUCAGUUGUAAUAAAGCACGAAGAUAACUUGAAAAUGGAAGGUUUGUUUGUAACCAAUCGCACAAGAGAUGAUUUUGUUCAUGUGAAGGGUGAACGAUCGGAUGUAAUUAUCUAUGAAGAUAAUCUUCAUUUAGAAGGUUCAUUCUCUGAUUAUAGAUCACGUGAUGAUUUCAAGCAUGUAAGAGGUGACAGGGCAAUUCUUCAAAAACAUACUGACAAUUUAAAAACAGAAGGUACUUUUGUAGGAAGUCCAAGUUCAAGAGAUGACUUCAAACACAUUAAAGGCGAAAGGUCUGAAAUAGUUAAGCAUGCUGAUAAUCUUAAGAUAGAAGGUGAAUGGGAAAUACAUCGUUCGAGGGAUGAUUUUAUUAAUGUAAAAUCAGAAAAUGUUGUUAUUAAGAAGUAUGAAGAUAAUCUUCGCAUUGAGGGAGAGUUUUAUGAUAACAGGUCACGGGAUGAUUUUGUAUCUAUAAAGGGAGAAAAGGCUGAAAUAAUUAAACAUCCAGACAAUUUGAAGCCAGAAGGAGAAUUCCUAGGUACAAGAAGAACUGAUGAUUUUCAACCAAGGAACAAUGCAAGACCAGUUCCUAUAAAGCACAAAGAUAACUUGAAACUUGAAGGUGACUUUGACAGACCCAAACAGGCCACAUAUGGCCCAGGUGAACGAGCUACUGUUAAAAGACCUGAAGAUAAUCUCAAACCUGAGGGAGAAUUUGAACGUCCACAACCUUCUAAGUAUGGUCCUGGAGAUAGAGCAGAUAUUGUUAAGCAUCCUGAUAAUCUAAGGCUAGAAGGUGAUUUUGAAAGACCAAAACCUGAAAUAUAUGGCCCUGGAGAGAGGUCUCCUGUCAAGAAACCACAGGACAACCUCAAACCAGAAGGAGACUUUGAACGACCACAACCUUCCAAAUAUGGCCCCGGUGAACGAGCUCCUGUUAAAAAACCUAAAGAUAAUCUUAAACCUGAGGGAGAAUUUGAACGUCCACAACCUUCUAAGUAUGGUCCAGGAGAUAGAGCAGAUAUUGUUAAGCAUCCUGAUAAUCUAAGGCUAGAAGGUGAUUUUGAAAGACCAAAACCUGAAAUAUAUGGCCCUGGAGAGAGGUCUCCUGUCAAGAAACCACAGGACAACCUCAAACCAGAAGGAGACUUUGAACGACCACAACCUUCCAAAUAUGGCCCCGGUGAACGAGCUCCUGUUAAAAAACCUAAAGAUAAUCUUAAACCUGAGGGAGAAUUUGAACGUCCACAACCUUCUAAGUAUGGUCCAGGAGAUAGAGCAGAUAUUGUUAAGCAUCCUGAUAAUCUAAGGCUAGAAGGUGAUUUUGAAAGACCAAAACCUGAAAUAUAUGGCCCUGGAGAGAGGUCUCCUGUCAAGAAACCACAGGACAACCUCAAACCAGAAGGAGACUUUGAACGACCACAACCUUCCAAGUAUGGUCCAGGGGGUAGAGCAGAUAUUGUUAAGCAUCCUGAUAAUCUAAGGCUAGAAGGUGAAUUUGAAAGACCAAAACCUGAAAAAUAUGGCCCUGGAGACAGGUCUCCUGUCAAGAAACCACAGGACAACCUCAAACCAGAAGGAGACUUUGAACGACCACAACCUUCCAAGUAUGGUCCAGGGGGUAGAGCAGAUAUUGUUAAGCAUCCUGAUAAUCUAAGGCUAGAAGGUGAAUUUGAAAGACCAAAACCUGAAAAAUAUGGCCCUGGAGACAGGUCUCCUGUCAAGAAACCACAGGACAACCUCAAACCUGAGGGAGACUUUGAACGACCACAACCUUCCAAGUAUGGUCCAGGGGGUAGAGCAGAUAUUGUUAAGCAUCCUGAUAAUCUAAGGCUAGAAGGUGAAUUUGAAAGACCAAAACCUGAAAAAUAUGGCCCUGGAGACAGGUCUCCUGUCAAGAAACCACAGGACAACCUCAAACCUGAGGGAGACUUUGAACGACCACAACCUUCCAAGUAUGGUCCAGGGGGUAGAGCAGAUAUUGUUAAGCAUCCUGAUAAUCUAAGGCUAGAAGGUGAAUUUGAAAGACCAAAACCUGAAAAAUAUGGCCCUGGAGACUGGUCUCCUGUCAAGAAACCACAGGACAACCUCAAACCUGAGGGAGACUUUGAACGUCCUCGACCUUCUAAGUACAAGCCAGGUGAAAGGGCUGAUGUAGUUAAACAUCCUGAUAACUUGACUCCAGAAGGUAAUUUUGUUGUCAGUCGGUCACGGGAUGAUUACUCCGGAUUCCAAGGUGAAAGAACCACUGCUGUGAAAUAUGAGGACAACCUCAAGGUUGAAGGUAAUUUUGAAGGGAUAACAAGUACAAGGGAGGAUUUUAGAGUUGUAAGAGGUGAGCAUGCUGAAAUAAAGAAGUAUAGUGACAACCUGAAACUGGAAGGUAAAUUUGUUGACAAACGGUCUCGUGAUGAUUUCGUUUGCACAAAAGGUGAUAGAGCUGACAUUAUUAAGCAUGUUGAUAAUCUGAAGUUAGAAGGAGAUUUAGACAUUCAGAGAUCGCGAGAUGACUAUAUUGCUGUCAGAGGAGAGAGAUCAGACAUGAUUAAGCACACUGAUAACUUGAGAAUUGAAGGAAGUACGACCUAUAGGCGUUCUAGAGAUGAUUAUACUGUGUUGAAAGGUGAAAAGUCCACUGUAAUUAAACAUGCAGACAACUUGCAUAUGGAAGGUUCAUUUGAAGGAAGGCCGAAAGCACAAGAUGAUUAUAAACCAUUAAAAGGGGAAAGAGCUGAAGUUAAAAAGCAUAAUGACAAUUUGAAAAUCGAGGGAAAUUUCGAAGUGUACCGUUCUCGUGAUGACUACCUAAAAACACACGGAGAAAGAGUCUCUACCAAAAGGUAUGAAGACAACCUGAAUACUGAAGGAAGCUUUGAUGACCGUUGCUCAAGAGAUGAUUAUCAGCCAGGAAAGGGAGAUCAACCAGUAAUCAAGAAGCAGCCUCAUAACCUUAAGGUUGAGGGAGAAUUCCAGGGAAGCCCACAAUCAAGAGAUGACUUUCAGCCUGGGAAAGGUGAUAAGGCAGUUGUACAAAAACCUAAAGAUAAUUUAAAGGUUGGUGGACAAUUUCAAGGAGUUUCCACAGUAAAAUCACAGUUCCAACAAGUGAAGGGUGAGAGAUCGGAAAUUGUGAAGCGCAGUGACACACUGACUGUUGGGAAUGGAUCCAUGAAUAUGAAAACGACAAACACAGACACAUUCCAGUCACAGAAGAAAAGUACAGUUAUUGCAGCUGGAAAAUCAGUAGGUAACCGUAGACACCAUAUGGAUUCACAAAUUUCAUUAGGUAGUGAUGUGAAUGUAAUGACAACAACAAACAAAACUAACUAUGGUGCAGUGAAAAAAUCACAAGAUACCAGGUCAAGUCACUUUCAAGAUAAAGCAACCAAAACUGAGACAAAAGUACUUGCUGAUGGCACUACUGUUACCGUAACUAAAGUCUCUUCUACAAAAACUGAGCAGCAAACAAAAUCAAGUCAUUCCAAAGCUGUUCGUGAAGAAAUGGUGUCUGGAUAUUCAACCAGUUCUGUUGUAAAUCCAGAACCAAAUUCAGUGAGAUCCUCUGCUUCCACUGACUCUUCAACUUCUACCAAGCAAGUUGUAAAUGCACAAACAAGUUCUACAACCACGGACCAAAACAAGCAAAGCAUUUCCACCAAUAAACAGGCAUCUGUUUCCGAAGCGACACGGAGGUCGGUCACGGAAUCGUCGCAGACCAGCAUUCAGAAGUCGGCUUCCUCGCACGAGGUGAGACAGUCGAAAUCCGUGACCAACAUGAUGGCUUCCACCAACGAGUUCAGGGACGCCAUGAGCGGGAGAGCCGUGCCGUCGGACGCGGGAAGCGGCCCGGCGGCCGGACACCACAGGAGGAGCGUCAUAUCGUCGUCCUCGGCGGACGUGAGCAACGCCGUGCUGCACCGCAAGAGCCACACCACCUCCACGGAGGCCAUCCACACCAUCUCGUCGUCGGCGUCCGCGCAGAGGAAGAGCAUCUCGAACCUGAACCAGACGGGGGAGUACUACAGCAACUCGUCGCAGAGCCAGGAUCGCCGCAGCCUGAGCGCGCUGCACCGCCAGGGCGUGCUGGCGGGGGAGGUGGUGUACCAGCAGCGCGAGGCGCGCGCGCGCCCCAGGCAGGACAACCUGGUGGUGGGCGGCGGCAGCUUCCAGGGGCAGAGCGAGGCCCGCGCGUACGGGAGCUUCGACCGCUCCUCCACGACCACGCAGCAGCGGGUGUCCAGCACCCGGCGCUCCAACGCCUCGCACAUCGUCCUGGGGGAGGUCUCCACGACGCAGACCUCCUCGCUCUACAAGCAGGAGUUCGUGCCCCGCGUGACGGGGCCGUGUCCCGCGGCGCUGCUCGAGACGAAGCAGUCGCCCUUCCAGCACAAGCGCGACACGCAGAAGCACAAGUUCUACAUGCCGGUGGUGUCCAACUAGCACCAGGCCGUGCCCCCGCCGAGCACCCACGUAACAUUGCUUUUAGCUCAACUUUUAUAUACACCACCUAUACCUUUUUAUAGACCUGUUGAAAAUAUUUCUUUAAGAAAUAAAGUUGCUUGAUAAACCAUUUUAUUAUUUUUGUAUGUUUCAUAACAUUAAUUCGUAAUAAAAAAAAUUCUUUGAGAACUAAAGUCCGCAUGAACUGUGAAAUAUGUACUCUUAACCUUUUAUCAUAAUUUUAUAAAGUGUGUGUCACAUACUAGCAAGAAUGAUGGGUACUAUUUAAGUUGAAAAAUUUACUCUUAGCAAUGAAGUAAAGCAGGCUUUUAUGUAACUUAUGAUAAUGCUCAGCAUCAUAGUGAAUCAUCCAAUUUGGCCUGUUUUGCAGAAUAUGUAAAAACAUUUUUUAACAAAGUCAUUGCUGAAACUAGAUAGCUUGUUAAUAGGUACCAGGUCAGAUUAAAUUUUUUAGUUAUACCUACAAAUGCAUUCCCUAUGAGCUUGUAAAAAUAGUUAUCAAACCUAAUAUUACAUAGCACUUCAACCACUUCAGUUACAGUUGAAUAGAAGAAAGGGUGAAUAAAUAAGCGUGGUGUGAUUUGAUAACCUUUGAGUGCCAUUAUUAGUUUCAAUGCAUGCUUUCUAUGGGUGAGGAAUUUUAAACUUAACACCACAUUUAAUGUGCAGUAAAUGGUAUUAAAAGGUUUUUAAUGUAGAGCUGUGAUAAACACUAAAGCCGUCCGUGACACAUUGCUUGCCUUAGAAGUGAGUUUUAAUUAACUACAAGAAAAGGUGAUGGCUUAAUAUUCAGUCAUAUAAAAAUGGUUUGAAAACUGGCUUGUGUAGUCUUUUAAAACAAAUUUAGUGUUAAUGUUUUUAAAUCAGAUAUAUUUUUUCAGCAGGAAAUAUAGUUCCUUAAUGAAAAAAAAAAAAACUGCAUUAUGUAGUAUAUUUAUGUGAAAUUUGUUAUUAUAACUUUAAAACAUUUUUAUUAUUGUAGACAUAUUAUGCUUUUAUAAAUAAUAUUUUGUUUUAUUUUAUUUUUAAAAAGUUUGAGCUUUUUGUUACUUUUUAUUGGCAAACAUUGAAACUAUAUUACAAGUGUUAUUUUUAUAUGCUGUAGCUUUUUGAGUACUCAACAGAGCUUCAUUUAUUUUGUGAUAUUAUGAACAUAAUAAAAUUCUGUAAAAAUCA